ACAGGGAGGUCACACCAUCCCUCCCCAUCAUGAGGGUGAAGAACUAAAAGACAUCAACGAUGAGAUUAAGGAGGAAGAAGAAGAGAGGUUGGUGAGUGGAGAUCAGCCGUCUAUGGAGGAGGGUUGUCCUCUGUAUUCCCACAAUUCUACACAGGAAGGUCACCACUAUACAGAGAAUAAUCAGGGUGAAGAACGGAAAGACAUCAAAGUUGAGGGUAAAGAGGAAGAAGAAAAGAGGUUGGUGAGUGGAGAUCAGCAGUCUAUGGAGGAGGGUUUUCCUCUGGAUUCCCAGAAUUCCAGCCAGGAACAUCCGAACUAUACAGAAAAUAAUCAGAAUAAAGAACGGAAAGACAUCAAAGUUGAGCAUAAAGAGGAAGAAGAAGAGACGUUGGUGAGUGGAGAUCAGCAGUCUAUGGAGGAGGGGGAGAUGAUUAUGGAAAUUAAACCGGAGGAAUCCUCUCUACAUAUGGACACAACAGAUGGACGGUGUUUCUGGAAUAUAAAUCCAUCGGAGGGACAUCUUAUUAUAUCUCCAGAUUGUAAGGCAGAAGAUACCGACAUUCCACAAUAUUCUCCCAAAGUCACAUCUGAUUGGUUGGUUAGAUCCACAGAUCCUUCCAAUCCUGAGGAACCUUCUGAGGAAUCCCAUACUAUGACAUCAGAUGUCCUUCCAAGUUCUCACAGUGCUGACAGAUCACCAGAUCCAUCCAAUCCCCAGACAUCUUCUUCAAGCCAUAAUAGGGUUCACACAGGAGAGCGUUCAUUGUCAUGUUCAGAGUGCGGGAAAUCCUUUACUAAAAACAAAUACCUUCGUAGGCACCAGAAAAUUCACACUGGUGAGCGUCCCUUUCCAUGUUCAGAGUGCGGGAAAUGUUUCACUCAGAAACAACAACUUAUUGUACACCAGAGACUUCACACGGGUGAGCGUCCCUAUUUAUGUUCAGAGUGCGGGAAAUGUUUCACUCAGAAACAACAACUUAUUGUACACCAGAGACUUCACACAGGUGAGCGACCGUUUUCAUGUCCAGAUUGCGAGAAGAGUUUUGUUAGGAAAGCAGCCCUGGUCUCCCAUCGAAUAAUUCAUACGGGUGAGUGUCCUUUCUCUUGUUCAGAGUGCGGGAAAAGUUUUGCUCGGAAAGAAACCCUGGUUUCUCAUCAAAGAAUUCACACAGAUGAGCGUCCGUUUUCAUGUCCAGAUUGCGAGAAAAGUUUCACUCAGAAAGAAGCCCUGGUUUCCCAUCAAAGAAUUCACACGGGUGAGCGUCCCUUUUCAUGUCCAGAUUGCGAGAAAAGUUUUGCUCGGAAAGCAGUCCUGGUUUCUCAUCAAAGAAUUCAUAGGGGUGAGAAUUCUUUCUCUUGUUCAGAGUGCGGGAAAUGUUUUGUUAGAAAAGAAACCUUUAUUAUCCACCAGAGAACUCACACAGGUGAGUGCCUUUUCUCUUGCUCAGAGUGUGGGAAAAGUUUCCUAAAAAAAGAAGCACUUUUUAAACAUCAGAAAAUACACACUGGUGAACGUCCUUAUUUAUGUUCAGAGUGUGGGAAAAGUUUCAUUGAAAGAAAUGACCUUCGUAAACAUCUGAGAAUUCACACCGGUGAACGCCCUUUCCCUUGUUCGGAGUGCGGUAAAGGUUUCUUCACAAAACCAAAACUUAUUGUACACCAGAGAACUCACACUGGCGAGCGCCCUUAUUCAUGCUCAGAGUGCGGGAAAUCUUUUGCUCAGGAAGGAGCUCUUGUUGAACAUCAGAGAAUUCACACAGGUGAGCGUCCUUAUUCAUGUUCAGAUUGUGGGAAAAGUUUCACUAUAAACAAAAUCCUUCUUGUGCACCAGAGACUUCACACGGGAGAAAGUCCUUAUACAUGUUCAGAGUGCGGGAAAUGUUUCACUAUGAAAGGAAACCUUGUGCAACACCAGAGAAUUCACACAGGAGAAAGUCCUUAUUCAUGUUCAGAGUGCGGGAAAUCUUUCCAACGUAAGGGAAGCCUUCUGAAACACCAGAGAAGACACACCGCAGAGCGGUCUCAUUGCAUUCAGAGUUCGGGAAAUGGAUUACAUAGAAAAUAAGGCGGAGACAUCAGAGAGAACCCACCUGCUGAUUGAUUGACAAAUGUACGAUAACUUUUCCAGGUGGAACUGUUGGGUCCAUAGAACAGCUGGAGGAUAAGAAAUAGUUUGUUAGAGGGGUACAUCCCGGCAGAAGUGAUAUUUCAUUUAUAGGAGGAGUUUGAUGGACCGAGUCUUCUUCUAUUUUGUGACGGAACUCCUUGGCACCCCUCUUGGGUGUUUCCGCCAAACUGUGCCUCCUGCCCUCCAAACCAUUCUAGCUGACCGGGACCUAAUACCAGCCCUUUUACCCCAAACGUCGGACACAUACAAGAUGUUGGGGUAAAACCAAAGGAAUGACCGUUUAUUGAACAGAAGUACGGGUUUUUAUACACUUCAAAAGUAGGGCAGUCACCACAUGGACAAUUAAACCAAAUAUUACCCAAAACAUCACACAGUGGUUAGAUAACAAGGUAAAGUUGACACAAGGCUAAUUCCAUCAUAAGUACUUUCAAGAGUUAGCCAAAUUAUUCAACAGACAGAAACAAUAGGUGACUUUAUUAACAAUGGGAAUUCACACAGAGACAAUGCUUUGAUUAUUUAGGGAUCCCAGACUGUCCGGCAACAGUAUUCAAGAAAACCCAGGGCUGUCCAAAUCUCAUUAACCAGCUUUCUUUUCCCAUACAUCUGCUCACUGAGUUUGAAGUUAGCAGAGACCAUCAUCGGACACAGACAAGAUGCUGAGGUAGAACCAAAGGAUUGACAGUUUAUUGAACAGAAGUACGGGUUUUUAUACACUUCAAAAGUAGGGCAGUCACCCCAUGGACAAU